AGGUGCCCCGUGCGCGCUGCCGGGCGGACUGCGGGAAGGCGGCUGUUUACCUUGUCCAAAAGAUGCAUUUAAUAAUACCGCCUCCCCUCUCCCCAUCCCCCACCCCAAAUCCUAUCAUCCCUUGCGGGCUGCGAUAAUAAAUAAAAGUCUUUAUUUCUCCCUCUCCAAAAGUUAAAGGGCCUUGUCCUCUCCCCGGGCUGCUGGAAUGGGGGAUUCGGCGAAGGAAGCUCGUAACAUGGCGGACACCGAGGAAGGCUUCGGGCUCCCGAGCACGCCGGCUGACUCGGAGGCCAAGGAGCUGCAGGCUGAGGCCAAGCAGGACCCCCAGCUGGGGACCACCAGCAAGGCCCCCACCUCUCCGCAGGCAGCCUUCACCCAGCAGGGCAUGGAGGGGAUCAAAGUGUUUUUGCACGAGCGGGAGCUGUGGCUGAAAUUUCACGAGGUGGGGACGGAGAUGAUCAUAACAAAGGCUGGAAGGCGUAUGUUUCCCAGUUACAAAGUGAAGGUCACUGGACUCAAUCCAAAAACGAAGUACAUACUGUUGAUGGAUAUUGUACCAGCGGAUGACCACAGAUACAAAUUUGCAGAUAAUAAAUGGUCCGUGACUGGGAAGGCAGAGCCGGCCAUGCCCGGCCGCCUCUACGUGCACCCCGACUCCCCCGCUACCGGAGCCCAUUGGAUGAGGCAGUUGGUUUCCUUCCAGAAGCUGAAGCUCACCAACAACCACCUCGAUCCCUUCGGACAUAUCAUCCUGAACUCCAUGCACAAGUACCAGCCCCGGCUCCACAUCGUGAAGGCAGAUGAGAACAAUGGCUUCGGCUCCAAGAACACAGCCUUCUGCACCCAUGUCUUCCCAGAGACCGCCUUCAUCGCUGUUACAUCCUACCAAAACCACAAGGUGAGAGCUUGGCCGGGCCUUCGCACCAGCAAACUGUGUCUCCUCUUCCUCACUCCCUCCUGA